AUGGCGACUCUAGAGCGCGUGAAGCAAUUCCUAUGGGGCCCCCCCUCUCGGGACCGGUCGCUGCUCGUGAAGCUAGACUUUACCCUUCUCCCCUAUUUCUCGCUCAUGUGGUUCCUGUUCGGCAUUAAUCGCUCGAGCUACUCGACCGCCUACAUUAGCGGCAUGGAGAAGGACGUUGGCUUCAAGGGCAAGGACUUCAACUACAUGCACACGAUAUACACGGUGUUUUAUGCCGUCGCCCAAAUUCCCUCAACGUCUCUCCUGACAAUCUUCAAGCCAAAAUAUGUGUUUGUCGGUUGCAAUGUGGUGUGGAGCGUGUUGACAUUGGUGACGUUCAGGAUGAACCAUGUCUACCAGUUGUUUAUUCUCAAUGGGUUUGAGGGUGCAUUUGCGGCUGUGUGUUAUGUCGGUGGCCACUUCAUCUAUGGUAGCUGGUACAAAAAGUCGGAGCUGGGCACUCGCGCAGCCGUCUUCUGUUGUUUUGGCCACCUCGGGAGUAUGACCGGAGGCUGGAUUCAAGCAGGGCUCCUCAGCUCCCUUGAUGGACGCGCCGGCCUCGCUGCCUGGAGAUGGCUCUUCAUUAUUGUCUCUAUCAUUACUAUACCAAUCGUCAUUCUUGGAUGGGUCGUGAUUCCCAAUCUGCCCACCCAUAAGAGUGCUUGGUUCCUCACCGAUGAGGAGAAGGAUUGGGCGGUAGAAAGACUCGGAAAGCACAAAGAAUUCACUUGGGAUAUAACUGUUCUGCGAAGAGUCUUGACGAGCUGGCAGUUCUAUCUCUUGCCAUUUAUCUUUAUGUGUAAGCACCCUAAUCUUGUGAUCAUUUUUUAUAUCGUCAUCACUCACCUUAUUGACAAUAAUCUAGUGUACUCCUUGUGUGUGCAGAUGUUGUUAAACAACGUCAUGCCUCUAUGGAUGAAGUCGCGCGGCUACACUGUUAUCCAGCAGAAUACCUACCCGACUGGCGUAUUUGCCACGGCCAUUGUCGGCACUAUUCUUUACGCAAUAUGGUCCGAUGCGAUCCAGUCUCGUUGGCAGCCCUCUCUGGCUAUCGGGGCGACCUUUGUCGUGGGCAGCGCUAUUCUCGUAUCCAACCCCAGCAGCGAUGGCGCCGUGUUCUUCGCGUUUUAUCUUCUAGGCACAACUUAUGCGCCUCAAGCCAUCUGGUACUCCUGGAUGGCCGAUGUCACGGCGCAUGAUCUUCAGUUGCGUGCUAUCACGACCGGCUGGAUGAAUUCCUUUGACUUUGCCUUUGUGACCUGGUGGCCGUUGAUCUUCUACCCCGUCACCGACGCACCGAAUUACAGGAAGGGUUAUAUUGCGAGCUUGGCCACUGGGGCGGCAGUCAUUCCACUCAUCUUGUUGAUAGCCUAUCUUGAGAAGAAGGGGCGUGCAAGCGGAAAGAUUGGUCGCGAAUUUGAACAUGAGCAAGUGCAUAGUGGAAAUGCUUCCAUCUACAGCGGUGCUGAGACCGGUAGAGUGGGAGACAUAGCUCAAGGGCCAAGCAAAUUGUGA